UAACACCCUGACCAAACAAAACAUAGAAACAUACAAAGCAAACUAUGGUCAGGGCGUGACAUCAGUGUUAAUUUGCUAAAUUUUAAUUACUUCGCUACUAUGGCCUAUUUAUUGCCUUACCUCCUCACGCCAUUUGCACACACUGUAUAUAGACUUUCUUUUGUUUCUAUUGUGUUAUUGACUGUACGCCUGUUUAUUCAAAGUUAAAUCUAGAAUUGGCUUACUAUUUCGCAAAAAAGCAUCCUUCACUCAUGCUGCCAAACAUACCCUUGUAAAAUUGACCAUCCUACCGAUCCUCGACUUCGGCGAUGUCAUUUACAAAAUAGCCUCCAAUACCCUACUCAAUAAAUUGGAUGCAGUCUAUCACAGUGCCAUCCGUUUUGUCACCAAAGCCCCAUAUACUACCCACCACUGCGACCUGUAUGCUCUCGUUGACUGGCCCUCGCUUCAUACUCGUCGCCAAACCCACUGGCUCCAGGUCAUCUACAAGAUCCUGCUAGGUAAAGUCCCCCCUUAUCUCAGCUCGCUGGUCACCAUAGCAGCACUCACCUGUAGCACGCGCUCCAGCAGGUAUAUCUCUUUGGUCACCCCCAAAACCAAUUCUUCCUUUGGCUGCCUCUCCUUCCAGUUCUCUGCUGCCAAUGACUGGAACGAACUACAAAAAUCUCUGAAACUGGAAACACUUAUCUCCCUCACUAGCUUUAAGCACCAGCUGUCAGAGCAGCUCACAGAUUACUGCACCUGUACAUAGCCCAUCUAUAAUUUAGCCCAAACAACUACCUCUCCCCCUACUGUAUUUAUUUUGCUCCUUUGCACCCCAUUAUUUCUAUCUCUACUCUGCACAUUUUUCCACUGCAAAUCUACCAUUCCAGUGUUUAACUUGGUAUAUUGUAUUUACUUCGCCACCAUGGCCUUUUUUUUGCCUUUACCUCCCUUAUCUCACCUUAUUGCUCACAUUGUAUAUAGACUUAUUUUUCUACUGUAUUAUUGACUCUAUGUUUGUUUUACUCCAUGCGUAACUCUGUGUUGUUGUAUGUGUCGAACUGCUUUGCUUUAUCUUGGCCAGGUCGCAAUUGUAAAUGAGAACUUGUUUUUAACUUGCCUACCUGGUAAAAUAAAGGUGAAAUAUAUAUAUUUUUUAAAUCCAUGUGUAACUCUGUGUUGUUGUAUGUGUCGAACUGCUUUGCUUUAUCUUGGCCAGGUCACAGUUUUAAAUGAGAACUUGUUCUCAACUAGCUUACCUGGUUAAAUUAAGGUGAAAAACUGUUGUUGUUUUUUUAAAUCAGAAGUGUCCACUUUAUUUGAGGGUUGAGGGGAGAAGGUGUGUAUUUUAAGUGUUUGGGAAUGCAGCCCUAGUGUGUUGUAUUGGGAUUGUGCCACAGAGCAUUAUGGGGGUUCUAUGUGUUGAGAAAUGUAGUGACGUUGGAUAUAGAUUAAAAGUGAAGAAUGAUGGUUGAGCUUUUUUUUUUUUUAUUAUUCAAUUCAAAUUCGUUUUUUCAAAUUACAGGAGAGCGAGGAGGUAUAUUACACAUAGUUUUCCUGGUGUUAGAACUUUAUUUUUGUUUGCAGUUAGCAAGGCAAAUUUAAAUAAAUUACACGAACUCCAGUAGCUAGCUAACUAGCGUUACCAGCGCGAGUGUGCAUUUAUCUCCUCCAGAACGGUAGAAUGGCCAAAGCUGUCGAAAAUGUUGUGGAUUUUUUGGGUUGAAGAACCAUUUUCAUUCUCUGGGGUACACGGAAAAGGUGCGAAUUAAAAGCGAGGGUCGACCUCUGCUUGAGAUCAGUUUCAUGAAGAAGGUGAGGGCGUUCAAUACUAACAGGUAUCAAAAAUAUAACUGGUUAAGCACAUCACGUUCGUUAUUGAGCUACAACCAGUGAGAAGAUGAUGCCACCAGUCCGGCUCCAAACAGGCCUUUUUCUUGUGACUUAUUAUGCGCAGUCAUAAAGCUGUGACCUAAAAUGACGUAACCAUGCAUUCAUUCACUACAUAAACUGUUCAGAUUGAUUUAAUCUGUACAAUAGUUUUCUUCACUCAGGUUGUUGCAGGUAAUCUUUGGCCUUUUGGGGCACCUCCUUCCCAACAUAAAUAUACAUAUAUAUAGGGAAUAGGGUGCCAUUUGGGAUGCCAUCUUUGUGUGUGUGAGUCAGGAUGUGUUUUGUGUCAAUUAAUUGAUGGAAAUGUUUCCCUCAGAAAGAAAGAUGGAUCGUAAUGAUGAGAGAAUAAAAAGAGCUUUAAGACGCCGCCCUUAUGUGUUGAAACCAGUGAGGGUGAACAGCCCUGAUUCUGUGUUGUGGCCAACCGGCAAGGUGCACAGAAGGCCAAAGCCUUCUACUUCAGUGCAGACCCCUCAGAUCCACAAAAGGCCUCCAAUCAUUGUGAGCUAUGGGCAGGACCAAACAUCUGGGGAUGGAUGGAGCGUCAAUCCAGAGCCUCUCAGCCAGUCUGGAAGGGUGACUCGGCUGAUAGAGAGAAAAAAUGAUGACGUGAUCUCAUCCUCCAGUUCUGAUGACUUUUCCAUCUACUCCUUCACUGACUGUGAAUCGGAGUGUGAUGAUGAGGAUCGUGAAAGGAGGACACCACCUCUGAAAGUUGAGAAUGGAGAAGUGACAAAGCUUGACGUGAGGGAUAUGUACGAGGAUGAUGAUCUGUCUCUCCACUCCUUCGAUGAGUCAGACUUCCUGAGCCCAGGGAAGGUCUCAGGUCCUGUAUCUGUCAAGAAUGGCCUCUCUCCUCUUGUGACCUCAGCACCCCGGACACUGGCUGAAGCCCUACGGGCCCUGCCCUCUGCUGUAGGCUCUCCCUACCCAGUAAAUGUCCCAAGGCCUCUGACUCCUCUCAGCCCUGUCAUUAUCGCUCUGCCCCGAACAGAGAACUUCCCAUACCGCCACAGCCCUCGCCUGGCUCCCAUCACCAACCUGAGCGAGACCGGCAGGAAGCUGCUCCAGGAAAUGGCUGGAGUGGCCCCACAGGUUUCUUCAGUGGCUGCUGCCCAAACUGAGAUGUUCAAAGAAAUAAUGGCCAACUACUGUUUCUAACACACACACACACACACACACACACACACACACACACACACACACACACACACACACACACACACACACAGACACACACACACAGAUUUUGAGUAUUGGUUACUCCUACAACACACACAAAUGUAAUUUCAGAGACAGGAACUAUGAUUAGCAAAAUACAUAUUGGUCUCAUUCUUAUCUUUUGAGACAUGCAGCAUUAUUAACAAAACAAAAAUGAUAUUGAUCCCCAUACAGCCUAUGAUGAGUUGGAUUUACAUGUUUAGGCUUGGAAAUAUAGCCAGGAGAAGCAGGGUCAACACCUCUACUCAUGCCAUAAGUGGCAUGACAUCUUUAGUAACCACAGAGAGAUAAGACCUCUGUCUCCACAGUCUCAUCCAAAGGACAGCACCAACCUUAGGGCAGUGUCACUGGUAUUGGGGUCUUAGGUCUCCUUUGGCCAAAGUGAAGAGGUGAGGGCCCCUUACUGGUCUCCUUGCAAUAUCUGGUCUCCCACACAGAGAUGGAAAUCUACACCUGUUUAGACUCUGGAGGAUAUGGCUUCAGAUGAGAGAUGCAGAACGUAAAAGCUUCAAACACAUUGAUAUGCAAAUUCAGAACCAUUGUACACUGAAGUGGAGCAUGCAUCUGGUCUGAAGCAUGUCAAAAGAGAGCAAAUGAACUGGGACUGGAGGACUGUAUCACAUUUUAACUAAAUUAGCAUGUGUCUGAUGUAGCUACACUUAUCUGUACUUGAAUUGUGCUGUUUGAA